AUGCAUCCAGCCAAGGCGGCCUUCCACUUGGAACCUUGGCAAAAGACAAGUCGAUCCUGGGCCAUUUGGAGGAAACGCCAAGAGUCGACAGUUUUGGAGGGUUCCAGACAGGAAGCAGUUGGAAUCGAGGGGGCUAAUGGGGAGGGUUUCAGGUCGAAUGAUGUGACGGGAUGGAUGCCGGACGACGUCGUACUCCGAAAGUCAGCAUUGAUCCGGACACUCGUUUCCAGAAAAAUAAACUUAUAAAUUUGAUAAAUUUUGAAAAAUAAAGUAUUAUCCUCCUCCUUGUUUUUCUGGUUUUUUCCGGCAGGGUCGGGGGUCCGACUCUGCCGUCCUAUCUCAGCCUCCUUUGCCGUCUGCCGGCUAAGGGUUCCACAGUUCGGGCCUGUGGAACCCUUAGCCGGCCGGACUCUCUAGUCUCGAGCUCCACAGCUGCCACUGAAGCCUGAGGUCCAAGGCCUCUAACUUGAGCUCAACAGCCUGAGCUGCAGAGUCCAAGCCAGAGUCCUCAGCCUCAGACUCCACAGACUUGCUGUGGAGCCCGAGCCAGAGGCCUCGACCCCAGGCUCCACAGGUCAGGCCUGUGAAGCCCAAGGCCAAGGUACCUUUGGUAGGUGCCUCUAG